AUGAAUGGACCGCAACCUGCGGUCAAGCUCCUAGUCAAGAAGGAGGGACCAAACCAAAGAAGGUUUUUCUACGUGUGCCGAGAGCCUAAGGACAUUGGAGCGAUACCGGGCCAGUGCAGGUUCUUUCUUUGGGAGGACGCGGCGGAACUACGUGAAAGGGAAGCUGCUUUGAGGCCGGUACAGCGUUCGGUACAGCGUUCGGAGUACGUGGCAGACUCGAGAGAGUACAUGUCGAGACUGCCCUGGUUCCCACCUUACGGCGAAGGAUGGGGUUUUGCCGACUGUCCUUAUCCCGACUGCAAGUACUGUCGAGAUCCCACACCGGUUGAUGACGACGUGGACAGUGUGAAGGUGAAGGAAGAAGAUAUGGACGAUCAAGCAAGCGGGUUAUCGGCGAUGAAGGCUCCCGGGAUGAGGAAGCGUCCAGCGGCAGCGGCAGCUACGGUAGAGGAUGAGGAGGAGGAGGAGUACGGCACUCUUGAGUCGGACGUGGAAAGGCAGUUGGUCGAAAUCGUAGACUCGAGUCCUCUCCGUCCGGGUCAACAACGACAGCAAGAUCACAGGGGAAACAAUGCCCCAGUGCCAGCGCCGGCCUUAUCCCAAGCCCAAAUGAGCAACACAACGAGGACGGCGAUGCAACAUCAGCAUCCGGGCACCCGCACCCCGAACCCGCAGCGAAAAUACGACGCCUCAGCAUCUAUGCUAACCCCGACAUCACGAGGGAACUCUACAACCGCGGCAUCCGAAUCUAGCGCGACAAAACGCGUCAAGUUCUCCGACCCUAGAGGACCAUCAACUAACACAAGAGCAACGACAUCAACAACCCCCAGCCAAACCCAAGGCCGCUCCCUCCAAACCACUCCCGCCGGCGGUAUCAGUAGACCCAUCACCACAACGACGGGGCCAGGCCCAGGCGAAGAUUACGAAAUCACCACCUCGAUCCUCAGCCUCCUCGCAAAUGAGAAAGGAGUCGCCGACACGACCCGCCAAGUCAUCCGCGACAAACUCAACAUGUACGCUUUGCGCAUGCGCGGCGUCGAGCGGGGGCGCGACAUGACGAGGGCGGCGCUCAAGGCUAAGGAGGCCAAGGAGGAGGAGCUGAGAGCGAGGAUUGAAGAGCUGGAGAGGGAACGAAAGAGUGCUGCUGAUAAAAUCAGGGCGUUGAGGGAUGGGUUGGGGGAGGUGCUUGGGGAUGUUGAUGGUGGUGGUAGUAAUGACAACGGUGGUGGGGUUGAGAGGUCAGGGAUGGGAACGCGAGUAGAUGGUUGGAAAUUCUAA